GUUGUUACAGCGUUAGAGAGAAGAGGCCGGCCAAAGGCUGUUCAACCAGGUGGCCGAGAGUGGGUAACGUUUAUCGCUGGGAUCAAUGCAGCUAGCUGGUCUAUCCCACCGUUCCUUAUCUUUACUAGCAAGCAUCACCUAUCUGCCUACGACAAUGGCUGGACGACUAAUAAGCUAGGAGUUAAGUGGCUAAAGCACUUUGUUAAGCAUACAGAUAGCAAGGUUGUUAGGGUACGCCAGCUGCUUAUUCUUGACAGCCAUAAGAGCCACCAGUCACUUAAGUUCCAAAAGCUCUGUAAGGCAAACAAUAUCUAUACGCUCUGUAUGCCGCCUCACUCAUCUCACCUACUCCAGCCUCUUGACGUUGGCUGCUUCUCGCCAUUAAAGCGCGCGUACAGCCGUGAGGUGGAGAGCCUAAUACGCAACCACAUCAACCAUAUCACCAAGCUUGAGUUUCUACCAGCGUUCAAGGUAGCCUUUGAUCGAUCCUUCACGGCAGCCAAUAUCUGCUCAGCCUUUUAA